AUGGUAAGGUUUAAAUCGAGGUAUUUACUUUGUGAGAUAAACGUCUUGGACAGGAACAGCCUCUUGCUCCUGAAUGAUAGAGUUGUCGCAGAUGCUGUGAAAGAUGCAGUGGCUCGUAUACAUGGUGACUAUGGAACGGCGAUGUGCACCAUGAGAUUCUGUGUGAAAUACCUGAAUACCUACACAGGAAUGGUAUUCCUGCGUUUCCCUAAAAUGUGCUACGAACUACUGUGGUCAGCAUUGCCUUUUAUCACUAGUAUUGAAACCCAUCGCCAAAAAAUUCCGUGUUUCCUGAACUGUUUGCACAUAGGAGGAACAAUGAGAACUUGUCAAAAGUUUCUGAUACGCUAUAACACACGGCAGCUCCAUCGUAUGCUGCCAAAUUGUAAAAAUGAAGAGGAAAAGCAACAGAUUCGCAAGGCCAUUCUAAGUUGCUCCUUAGUACAAGAAGGAUUUGAAGAUGAACCAGAUGAUGCUGUUGAUGCUGAUGAUGAUGAAGUCUAA